CUUCCCUCUAGUUUCCAAUACCAGAACACCUCCCUCCGAGUCUUUGCCAAAGAUGGAAGCCGCAAGUACAAGCAGCAACAGUAGCGAUGGUGAGGACGAAGACUCCACGACUGCGCCUGCCCGUUUAGCCGUCGCGGAAGCACGUACCCGUACAAACCGCAAUCGACCCACGGGAUCGUCGAGAACUGCUAGCAACAGCAGCAGUAGCGAAAGUGACAGCGACAGCGAAGCUCCUCGAAGAUUUCCAGAUUUAGCCAGCAGCAGCGAAGACGAGCAGCUUGGUGAGGAAGACUCGUCCGUAGAAGAGCGUAACAGCAACGACAAGUUCGCUCAAGCAGAAAGCGAUUGCGAAGAGGAGUCUGAAGAGGGCGAUAUAGUUGAGGACGUACCGUUGGCUCAACGCAUUGAGAAGCAGCGAGAGCAGACUAUUGACUUGACACAACGUCGCAAACGCAAAUCCGAGGCUUUGAAAAUCGCCACGCGACGACUAGCCGACCUCAAGAAAGCGAAGCGCGUAAAGGACGAACACGGAAAGGAAGCACCGCAAUCCGAAGUGAAAAGGUCGAAGCACGCUCCAACGGAAGCGUCUUCGAAGCGAUCCGAUUUCUACAACCGACAUGGACCGCAACUGAAUGAAAGUGGGAUUGGCGUUGAAAUUGGAGCGCAUCGGUAUAAACCACGAGACCCACGAAUUUCCAGCCUCAGCGGUCGAUUGAACGUGGAGCAUUUUGAGCACAACUAUGAAUUCCUGCAGGAGAUACGUGAAAAGGAAAUUGCUUUGCUGAAACAGAAGAUUACUGCCCGGAAAACAAGCGGCCGCAAAGGACACACAAUGCGCCAGCGGCUCGGAAUCACGCAGGAACAAGGUGGUGGUAGCGGUGACUUGUUGGAGGAAGACCAGGCCGAGCUUAAGCGAUUGCAGCACGAAAAGGCCGCGAUGGAGCGACAGCAGAUUGAUCGGGCCGCUAAGCGGUCCGUUAAGAAAAAACUCCAACAGCAAGUAGAGGAAGGCCAACGCCGGGGCCCGUUUUUUAUGAAGCGGCGCGAGUUGAAAAAGUUGCACGUCGAGGCCAAGUUUGACGAACUUCGCAAACGCGGAGGUGACCAAGCGGUGCAAAAAGCCGUAGCCAAGAGGCGGAAGAAGAACAAGUCGCGAGAUGCGGGACUACUUGGAGGACGUGAUGGUAACAAGUUCUAG